CCACCGACCACAGUUUAAAAGCAACCUCCGUCAUGAUCGCGUCAGCUGGUUUCUAGCCUGCCCCACCAUUUCCUCUCAGUCGUCGUCUUUCUCUUCUUCGUCUGCUGUUCCUUCUUCUUCAUCGUCUUCUUCUUGCUCUUCUUCUUCGUCUUCUUCUUCUUUUUCCUCGAGAACGACCGCGGACCGCGCGCGCGCGCGCGUAUCGCAACUUGCUCCGGGCGGUAGUCGGCCGCCAGCUCCGUUCGCCGCAGCGCGACGAUCAUGUCGAUCGUUGGCGAAGAUCGAUAAAGGCCGCGCGGGAGAAAAUGUGCUACGUUCCGCGGUCGAGCGCGAAAUCGAGCGCUGGAGGAAUCGAUCGCUGUUGGACUAGCAGCACGAGUGACAGCGGGAGCGCAUAGAGAAACGUAAGCAGUAAGACCUGGGCGGGGUGAUGAGAGAGUGAGUCAGUCGCCAUGGAAAUUGAUCGAUCGAUUAUUCUCGGGUCCUGAGGAGAACCAAUCGACUGUGUGGUUGGUCAGUUUGCUAACUGCUCGAGUUCUUCCAUGUGCUCCCGGCCUGAAGAAGAAGAAGAAGAAGAAGAAGAAGAAGAAGAAGACGAAGACGAAGAAGAAGAAGUAGAAGAAGAAGAAGAAGAAGAAGUAGAAGAAGAAGACGAAGAAGAAGAAGAAGAAGAAGACGACGAGGGCGAAGACGGUGGGUGGUUCCCAGAUCGAGCGGAGUUUCCUGCCGAUCGAUCGACCGAUCGGUACCGUCGAUGGCCACGGGCCCGAGCGAGUGGUGGUGCAUCGUGGUCGUGGGACGCGAGUGCUGAUCGAUCGGAGUUAUGAGGGAGAGGCGAUCGCGAGGGAAAUAAUCGAUGUUACCGCGGCAGUGAUGCACCCGCUGGCAGUCUGACGUACGUGAGCGAGCGCGGCCCUCUCGCGGAGAGCGUACAACGAUGAGUGCCAGGCGAAGAGUGUUCAACGCCCUUGACGGGCUCAUCAAGUGUGAUCGUGCGAUCGUAUGCUCCAUGUUCUUGUGGUAUCUCGCGCUCCUGUCGUGCUUCGUCGAGGCCGCCACGCUGCAGCCGGGGAUAUGCGCCAUGGACGGCUGCCACUGCACCGUCCAAUCGCAUCGUUGGGUUUUCAUCAAGUGCGUCUUCUCCAAAGAACAGAAUGUGGAGUUGCAGGAAGGAACCAUUCCGUCGGAUACGACGCAGCUCGAGGUCUCUCACUGCCGAGAGCUGAGAAUACAAACCGGCGCGUUUGGGAACAACACGUCCCUGAAGGAAGUCCACGUCUCGCGGAUCGACAGCGUGGUGGCCAAGCGGCAGGCCUUCCAGAAUAUGAGCGUGCCCAACACGUACCUCAACGUGACGGAGUGCAAGAGCGUGUUGCUGGAGAGCCACGCCUUCAUGAACCUAAACAGCACCCUGACCGUCUCCAUCUCGCGAUGCAAACACGUGGAGAUCAAGCCGUGCGCCUUUUCGUGGCUGCUGUGGAUUCACGUGAGGGACGUGCCGUCCUUGGAACUCUCCAGCAACGCCUUCAAGUUCGAGGCGCCCGAACACGGACGGCACGGACCGGCGACCAAGAUAAAUUUCCAAAGCGUGGGGAUCACGGAGCUACCCAAGGCGGUCUUCCCCUCCGUCCUCUCCGAGAUUAAAAUGAACGACAUCUCGAUGAAGGUCAUACGCAAGGACGCCUUCUGCGCCAUGACCAUUCUGCGGGUGAUCAUCAGCAACGCGUCCAUCCACGAGAUUCAGUCGGGCGCCUUCAGCGACAAGGCCUUCAUCGACAAUCUCGAGUUCAUCGACGUGGAACUGCGAAAUAUUCACACCACGGCCUUCCGAGCUAGCCACGACAACCUGACGAUCCAAUAUUCAAGAUUGUCCGAGGUGGAGAGCGGCGCCGUCAACUCGCAAGUGGCGGUCGUCAUCUUCAGCAAGAACGAAUUCCAGAACUUGCAGCGGGGCUCGAUCGUGCUGCACGAGUGGAACAACAUCACGAUCGACCAGAAUGUCUUCGUGAACCUGGAGAGCGAGGCCAUUAAGGCGGAGGUCAACUACACGUCCAACCCCAACUUCGAGUUCUCCUUCACGGGCAAUCGCAUACAGCGGGCGCGGCCGGGCUCGCUGAGAUUCGCCGCGAUCUCCCAGAAGGCGAACUCGGCUCGCAUCGGCAACAAUUACUUCAAGCUCACGUGCAACUGCCACCUCGAGGACUGGGUGCGCGAGGUGACGGGGACCGACAGCUCGACCACCUGGAUGAUGGACUCUAGCUACUGCGAGAUCGACCGCUCGGUUUUCAAGUGCCCGAACCUGCCCGAGCACAUAUCCAUGGGGAACUUUACGCGACUGAUCUGCGAGUCGCAGCAGCACGUCAACUGCGAGAAGCCGACGAAGCAGCCGUCGAAGCCGCAGCCGCAGCCGCCGAGUUUCAGCCCGCCCAACGUGGGCCCGCACGUGUACCCGCGGAACAAGAGCUUCUUCGACUCGAGCGAGAGCGAGCAGCUGGAGCGCGAGAAGCGAAUCAUCGUCAUCGUUUGCGUGGUGGCGGUCUUCGUCGUCGUCGUGGUGAUCUUAGCCUCGGGGAUCCUCUACAUGCGCAGACGCGGCGUGUGUCCGAAGCUCACGUCCGGACAGCUGAUGAACCUGGCCAAUUGGUUUUCACCCAACAACGGAAUGACCGCCGCCACCUCCGCCAGGUCCAUCUCCAGAAUGAGCGUGCACGAGUACGCCGGCCUCCAGACGCCGGAGACGAGGAUCUUGGAAGAAGAGCCUCGAGAGGCGGAAGCCACAGCGGAUGACUACGACGAGGGGACCGGCGUAGACGUUUACCCUUACACGGAGAACAAAGCGACGCAGACACUGCCGGAGGAGCUAACGGAGGAGUACCUGAGGGAUCUCCGCGAGAGACUCAACGAUCCCGACAACUACAGCCAAGCGAGGGACAUGAUCGAGCACCUGUACGACCUGAUCAAGGUGGAGGAGAGUUGCAACAACAACAACAACGACCACCGGCAACCGGUGGACGAUCAAGAGGAGAACGCCUACGACAUCAUCCAGCCGAGGAUCAGGAGGCCUCGCGGCGCCCCGAGGCCGUCCGUCACCGUCGGCACCAAGGCGCCAUCCUUGGAGAAGCUGUUGCCCAACGGCAUACAACUGAGACCGCCCAUCACGGAGUACACGCAGCCCCGUGACCAGAGAACCAGCGACCAGAAUCACCUGUACGCCGAGUUACCGGGCGACGAGACGGUCCCGAGCACCAGCCGGCUGUCCCAACCGAUCCUGGAGAGCCUGAUCGGCCGUGCGCCGCAGCCGUUACCUCCGGACGUGGUGAACGACCACCUGGUGGAGCGUCCGCCGCCCAAGAACUACGCUUACAACGACAAUGAGCGCGCGCCGCCGCCGCCGCGGAGUCCGCGGUUGUUGGGCUCGUGCAGGAACAACCACCAGCAGCCGGCCGGCAGCAGGCCGAUGAGCUUCCUCAAGGUGCUCAGCGAGAGUAUCCGGGGCGCGACGAGCAAGAUGAACGGCGGCAAGAGGCCGAACUCCCUGCUCUGCGAAUACGCCGAGCCGUCCGACGUCACCGCCCACCUGUACUCGGAGCUGCCGGAGCCGCGGACGCCCGCGUCCACCAGCACCAGGAUGGCCAACAGGCCGUUGCCCACGAAACCCGAUCAGGACCCCGUCGCCGCGGACGCGAACGCGAACGCGAACGCGAACGCGAACGCGAACGUAGCGAAGGCGUAGCCAGGCCGGUGUCCAUUUAUCUGUGAUAUACAAAUGUGUGUGUGUGUGUGUGUGUGUGUGUGUGUGUGUGUGUGUGUCGAGUUCUCUCGCCCUGCUACCGUUCAUGCCGUUCAGAGAGACUACGUGCGUGUUCGCGCUUGUGUGCGAGAGCGAUUGCGUUCGCGCAAGAACUCCGCUGCCGAGCCGGGACGGAACGGGACGGGACGGGGCGAGACGAGUCGACCGAGAGAGGAAGAGAAAGAGAGACCAGCCGCUGCGUUAGAGCGGAGGAAAUUAGUGCAAUUCACGCGUACACAGGCCUCGGCCGAGAUAGAUGGUGGCGGCGGCGGCGGCGGCGGCGGAGGCACCAAGUGGCCUCACCUUCGAGUCGCGCGCGUAUGAAUGAGGCCUCGUUAGAACAAUGCUGUCGCCCGGCUCACGAUUUCGUUUCCCGUCUCGAGAGGGGAGCGGCAGCAGUCGCGGCGACCAAUCGACCAAAGCCACGUUCUUCCUCGCGAAGGCAGAGCGAGUGCGUCGAAAUUGCCGCUCUCGCCUCUUCAUGGCUUCGUUCGUCCCGCUCGUUCUCUUUUUCCUUUCCCCUUUUUUAUUCGCGCUCGCGACACGACGUCGAGAGACGCUACCGGCGCGACUCGUCGUGUUCUCUCAGAAGACCGUGUCCGCUCGCGGCACACAUCGUGAGGAAAUGUUGACGGAUCUUUAUUUAUGUGACUAUAUCUACGAGAGAUAGAUGUAACAUAAAGGUAUAUAUAUAUAUAUAUAUACAUAUAUAUAUACAUGUAUAUGUAUACUCGCUUCGUCAGGUAUUAUUAAAUAAGCAUUUUACAAAUUCCA